AUGGCGGAGACGUACCCGGAGAUCCCCGCGAUCCUGAGACCCACCGACCGUAGCCCGCCGCCGGACUUCUUUCCAGUGUCACCGCGCACCGCCAAGGCCAAGGCUGCGAGCAAAGCGGCGGCGGCGGCGGCGGCGGCCGGCGGCGGCGUCCCCCGGACACAACAGUCGAGGAGUCGGAGCAGGAGCGGCGAUGAUGAAGACCGGGAGGAGUACAUCAGAGUCCGAAAGAUGGCGGAGGAGGAGGACGACGACGACGACGACGAGGACUCCGCGGGGGAGGGGGGGGGGGGCGGGGGGGGGGGGGGGGGCAGGAACGACAGCGCCGUCAGCCGCGGCGCGUCGAUGAGCGCCAGGACUGAGGGGAUGACCACCUGGGCGAGCAACAGCAGCAACACCAGCAGCAACAUGAGGAGCGGGGCCUCGUCCCGCCUGGCCAGCGGCUUCAUGGCGGCGGUGUCCGGGGGCGGGGGCGGCGCCGCCGGCGGCGGGCGGGAGCAGGUGGUUGAUGCGAGCCCGUCCUCUUCCGCUGCUAGUACGUCUGGGUCGGCGGAGAAGUGGAACAAGAUCGUGAAGGGGCUGAAGAGGAUGGGUCCCUCCAGGCGAGGAGGAAAGGGCGGGCGGGGGGGGGGUGGCAGCCUCGGUGACGGGGAAGGGUCGGCCACGUUCGACGAGCGGGGAGAAGAGACGGAGGAGGGCUUUGCCGCGAGGAAAGUGUCGUUGUUCGACGAGGAAGGAAGAGGAGGAGGGAGGAGGGACGACCGUGACUCCUGCUACGAUGACGACGACGACGUCGAAGACGACGAGGAUGACGAUGAUGCAGAUGAUGUCGACCUGGCGGAGUGGGAGAUCUCGAGGGUUGGCAAGCGGGCAGGCGAUGCCCGGUAUGUGGUGCAGCUGAGGCAACCGUCCUCGGGCUCUUUCCUGCUCCUCGGCACGACCGACGCCCUCUUGUACGAGGAGUGGGUGGAAGACAUCUUGUACGUCCAACAGAGAACCCUCGCUCUGGAGUGGACCCGGCGCUUCCGCUCGAAGAUGUCCAAGGACUCUUCCCCGCCCCUGUCCGCCUUCAAGCUCCUGCCGGACCGCGACUGGAACCGCGAGUGGGAGGCGGCGUGCUCGCUCACGGGCGGGGGGCGCGGCGGGCGGGACGCCCGCGUGACCAUCGCCCUGGGGCAGCAGUUCCGGGCCUUCGCCGGGGCCGUGGCGGGGGCGGCGAUGCGGGCGAGCCUGCGGCAGCGGCAGCAGUCGUCGUGGCCGUCGCCGUCGCAAGACGAGGGGUGGGAGUCGCUGGCGCCGCUGCGGCCCAUGGAGGCGGAGGAUAAAGCGAACGGAGGUGGAGAUACGCACACCGGGGACGUCAGGGCCGCCCUGUCCCGGUCGACUCCGGACGAUUGCUGGAGCUUCCUGAUGGGAAACGUGGCGUUCGUGCUGGCGCCGCGGGGCCCUGGGGGCGGGUACAAGACGCACAAGCGGCUCGGGGCGGAGCUGAAGGGGGCCCAGGUUCUCAGGCGAGCGGUCGAGCGGAGGGUCCUCAGCGGUGUCGGCAGCGGCGGCGCCGGCCCGGAGCUGGUGAACGCCCUUGCCCCGCUAUCGUGCGUGGUGGACCUCUACGGGUUUCGUGCAGCGGCGGUGGCGUUGCCCGCCUUUAUGCCCCGCACAAAAAGCAAACAGAAGCUCCGCGCAAGGCCGAAGCUCCUUGGGGGAAAAAUUGAAAAAGAGGGGGAGGGGGACGGGGCCGGAGCGGCGGGAACGGACCGGGCGAGCCUGGUCGUCGAGGCCGUGUCGGCGUUGCUGGAGUGCGGCCGAGAGAGCGUGGCCUCGGCGUGCAUGCUUUCGCACGGGCUGGACCUCUACUACAACAAGGACGUCGAGGCCGAGGCGGGGGACGGGGCGGCGGCGGCAUCUUCUCUCGACGGCGGCGGCGGUGGCGGUGGCGGCGGAUCGAGGCACCUCCUGCAAAACGGCGGCGGCGGCGGCGGUGCCGCUCCCGGAACGAACGAGCGGGCGAGCGGGCUUGCCGGGAGGAGGAUCGUGGGCGACGCCGUAGUGGUGCUGGUGGGCGGUGGCAUGGGGCACGGGGCGGCUGGUUCCGGCGACGUGGACGGGGACGGUGAGGCGAACGGCGACAGGACUUGCAACCCGCUUCGGCUGAGGGAGGAGCUCAUGAGGGAGCGGAUGCAGCCGCGGCCUUCGAUAGAGGCACCGUCGGAGGCGGUGAAGGCGGCAGUGGAGCGUGGAGGGGGAAGCGCGCUGCUCUCGGAGACUCUGCUUCCGCGGUUGGCGGGCCGCCUGGCGAGCGACGCGUUGAUGGGCGGCUCUGUUCCUCUAGCGCGGUCGGAGGAGAGGAGCCCGCCCCUGUUUUUGUUCGACGGAGGACACCUGUGUGCGGCCAUGCACGGGGCGGGGAUCAACCUCCGGUACCUUCCGAUGCUCCGGAGAUCCUUGGGGUGGGAGCACGAGGGCAACCGCCAGCUGAUCGCCGCGGAAAUGCUGGCUCGGACCGCCAAGCACAUCCUGGCUUGCCGCCUGCGGCACUCCCGCGUUACCAUGGGAAUACCAGACGAGGUUGCAAUGCCAUCCUUGUACUCGGACGAGCGGCUUCGCGCGGUGGCUCACCUUAUGCUCAACGCCGUCCUGUUCAGGACGUACUCCUCGGACGAUUCUAGCGGAAAGAUGGUCACUUCCGCCGGCGUGGCCGCUCCGGGACACGGGCAGCCCCCGCCCUCGGGGCGCGAGGCAAGGGAUGGGCUCUUCAUGAGCACGGAAGACCCUCGUGCGCACGCGGCCUCCGUGGAGAUGAUGAUCGGGGACGCUUCUCCGGAGCCCCCGCCAAUGUCACGCCUGACCUCCGUAGAGAAGCUGCUGCAGCAGCAGCAGCAGCAGCAGAGAGGCAAGCCGGCGACGCCGCUCGGGAGCAACCCGGGCGCGUACGCGAGCAGCGUGGACACUAGGUCGCCGCCAGGGUCCUUGGGGUCGACGCCGGCGGAGGGCCGCCGUCGGGGUGGGGGGGUGGGGGGGUUCUCGUCAGGGGGCGUCGCGGUUGGGGCGGAGGGAGGCGGUCAUCAUCGGUCGUCUUCGGGGGGGACGUCGGUGUUGUCCAUGGCGGGCGAGGCGGGCUUGUUCUGGGAGGUUGAAUCCCGGCUGUGGCUUCUCCUGGGACCGUUCGGCGCUGUGGGGGGCCUGGAGUUGGACGAGGAGGAAGCGAGGUCUAGUGUGCACCUCUGCCGGGGGCUGUCCGGGCUGCAUCUGCUGCCGGCGCUCACGCGCAACCUCGGGAUAUUGCUGACGGCGAGAGCCAUCCGAAAGCUGCAGGAGAGCGGCGUGGUAUCCAGGAUCAAGCUCUCCCACGUCGACCACCGAACCGGGGGGCCUGCAGCCGUAGGCCCCGCCCGCUUCAAGGGCCUCGGAGAGGAGGCCGCCGCCGUCAAGCGACGCCUCCGAGACAAGUGCCGCCGCCGGUGGGUCGCGACCCGCGGCAGCGCCGCCGCCGCCCGGAACGGGGCGGGGGGUGGGGGGGGUGGGCGCAGCCCGGGGAUCGGGUGGACGGGGGCGACGGGGGAGGAGAGGGCGGAGUACGCGGCGACGGCGGAGUACGUGCUGGCUCCGUUCGUGGACGCCUCGGGGAAGGGCGGCGACUUGUCGUACGCACGAAGAGAGAUUGCGGAGGCUCACAUGGCGGUAUCGGUCGCUGACUGGGCGGAGGGCAACCCUAUCUCCGCCAAGAGAGAGGCGGAGCUGGCCCUUCGCGCGCUGCUGGAGGGGAAGCUGGGGUACGUGGACAAGGACGAGGCCCUACGGCGGGAAGGGCGGGCGCCGAGGGGAGGGGGGGGGGAGGGGGCGGAGGGCGUGCCGGUGCCCCUGGGCCUGUGCGUGGCGGCGGCGGGGAUGCUGCUGACCGCGUGCCGCGGAGGGCAAGGAGGCAAAAACCUCGGCAGCAACAGUAGCAGCGGGGCGGCGGCGGCACCGGGCGAACGUCUUAGCGGGAAAGAUGGGGAGGGGGCCCUGUUGUGGCUCUGGAGAGUCUUGCAGGUUCACUUCCCGGGGCGUUCCUCCACCCUGGGCACCGCCUCGGGGCCCCGCGAAGCGCCGCUGUGGGGGUCGCAUCCCCUCGUCCCCGCGAUCGCGUGCCUGCUGGCAGGGAAAACGUCGGCCGACCUAUCGGAGGCCGAGGCCGGUAGUAUGCUGUUGGCGUCGCUUAAGAAGCGCGGCUCCCGUCGGGAACGGGGGGGGACGAUGGACUGGUUGGGGAACCAGCUCAAGACCGGACCAUUUCCUGGCAACCACCUGAACACCCUGUUGAGGCGAAAAAAUGCUGCCAGCCCCCGGUUCGACGGGGGCGGAGGGGGAGCGGGGGGGGCAGAGACCCACCUGGACCCGCCGGAUGCGAUGGCACGGCUGGUGUCGGUUCUCCUCAAGGGCGAGGGCGGGUUUGUAGAGAGGUGGUUCAAGGUGUCGUCUUCGUGCUCGGGCGGGGCCGCGGAGCUGCUGGCUCCUCCCGACAGCUUCUCGUGGCUCCUCGGGGCCCUCGGAGACGGGGGGGGAGCGCCGCCGCCCUUCGCGGGAGACCCGCCGCCUACCCCGGUCAGCGCGGUGCCGAAGCAGGUCUCAGGUGGUGUCGACGCCUUCCUGUCACACGUUCGAUCCGUCCCGGGCAGGCUCUACGUGGAUGGACAAGUUACGGGGCUAUCGCCCGAAGACGAAGCGAAGAAGCGAACGCAAGACCAAGAGUCGGACGCAGACGGAGCCCUCAAGCUCUUGCCCUUAAGGAUACCAACGGAGUGGCAAGUGGUCCAGGUGGCCUGCGGGUUCCGGCAUUCGGCUCUGGUGACCGCGAGCGGGUUAGUGCUUACCCUUGGGCACGGUGAGACUGGCCGGUUAGGCCACGGGGACGAGGAGGAUGCUCUCGAGCCCAAGGUGGUUCGUGCGUUAGCAGACACCAAGCAGGCGGUGGUGUGGGCGGGGUGCGGGAGAGAGCACACCCUCGUCGCCCUGGCGUCGGGCAGCGUUUACUCCUGGGGCUGGGGUGAGGGAGGACGCCUUGGGCUCGGAGAGGUGGACGCGGUGCUGUCCCCUCGUCGCGUGGAAGAGUUCGACAACCUGGGGGUGAGGAUCACCAGGGUCUCGUGCGGGAGAGAGCACUCCCUCGCGGUGUCGGACGCGGGCCGGCUGUACGCCUUCGGCCCCUCGGACGGCGGCCGCCUGGGCUUCAAGGCCGUCGUGGGCACCGGCGGCGUGUCCGCACCCCGCAUCGUCAGGGCGCCCUGCCUGGCGGAGGAGAGAGUCGUGGCCGCAGCGGGGGGGCAGAUGCACUCGUCUUGCGUGUGCGCGUCGGGCAAGGUGUUCACCUGGGGGCACGGGAGCACGGGUGCUCUCGGCCACGGCGUGGCGGAAGAUGAACCAACGCCCAGGAUGGUAUCGGGUUUCGGGCGGGAUGAGGCUAGGAGUGCACCGCAGGGCGCCGGCGAGCAGGAUGACCCCGACGCCGACAUCCUCGCGACCAGCGUCGCGUGCGGGGCGUGGCACACGCUCGUCCUCACCAAGGCGGGCAAGGUCCACGCCUUCGGCGACGGUUUCACGGGCCAGCUCGGCCUCGAGGACCGCGGCGGGGAGAAGGAGAGCCGCGCCCUGAGCCCCCGGGUGGUGCGGAUCGAGAGGAACGCCGGCGGGGGAGGGGGCUCGCCGGGGGACGUGUACGUGACGGAGGUCGCGUGCGGGAGCUUUUCGAGCGCCGUGGUGUCCUCGGAGGGCAACCUUUACCACUGGGGGAAGCCCGACGCUUUCUCUGACGACGACCCGGUCGCCGACAAGCGAUAUUUGCUGCCAAGGCGAGUCACCUCCGGCCGCGGCGGCGCCGCCCCGGCCUAUCGCCUCGUGGCGCAAGGGGCCUCUUUGACCCUGGGCAUAGCGGAGGGGGUCAGGACUGAUCCGAGAGGUGGCGGAGGAGACCGAAGUCGGACCGUUCUUCGUCGCUCCUGAUUUUGAUUGGUGCACAAGAAGUGCGUCAUUGAAACCCAUUUUUUUGUCUGUGUGCUGGCGCGUUGAGUUAGGUUUUGCCGGGUAUGUUUUCACCAUGUAUAUCACAUUUUGUUCGUUUUGUUUUUUUAUUCGUUUUACUUCGUCGCGAUUCGCAUAUUUGUGGUGUUUCUGUUCUAUACGUUAUGAAACGAUUUACCUUACCUGGUGCUAGUUGGUGUGUUGUCAAGGUCUGAUGCCGGUCCCAGAAGAGCGCGUCUGCCCGCGUGCGAAACUACGUGCGUGGUGCGUGCAGUAGUGUUUCUUCUCUGCUUUGACCCUUGCAAAGGUAGCGUCUUCGUCCUCUCGCGUACUUCAGGCUGAAACAAAAUAUCCUUCUUGGUGGGGGUUGUCCUCGAAAGGUACCACUGUUGCACGCUUUGCAUGCGUACCAUGCGUAUCCUGGCUGCCUAUCUUGUCUUGUCGAGCUAGGUGGGUAUUUCGCGAGCUGUUGGGACCUCGCUCAAGCGUUUGUUGCAAUGUGUACAGAAGUUUGGGGAUCUUGUAGGGAUGGAUGAGCUGUGCUGUGAGGCUCGGGCCCACGACAGGCGCAAGGUUUUGCAUUGACAUGGGGGGAAGAAGCGCUGCUGUAAGCGCGUGCCUUUGUAGUCAAGACGGGAGGUCGGGCAGUGCGGUUUUGUGUCGACAGAACAGGCACGUCUCUGCCCGUGUUCGAAGGAGAGUGAGGUGUGUUGCGUAUCGUCCGUUCUUGCAUGAAAGUUAGUUGCGGACCUACAGGGGGCGACAGCCCCCCGGAAGCCACGCAUUUCCAACCCCUCUCUUGCUGGAAUGCAUUAUUGUACAGCACAUUUCCAGAUGUUUUUUGGGGGGGGAGGGGGCACCUUGGCACACGAGCGCGAAUGGGCGAACAACGCCCUCUCCGAGCUCGUAAUAAUUUUCUUUCAACGUGUGCUCAAUCGAUGUAUACGCUGUCUGUAUCUGUUGUUUAAUACGUACAUGCAUUGCAGACCCGACGGGAUUAAUAUAAAAAAGGCACACGGAGGGUUUCGGUAGAGCAGGCAGGCCUUCAGCCGGCGAGAAAAGUGUUUCAUCUCUUGAGAGCGUCUUGGCGUAAGAAGAAAGAUGCUGGCGUGAAAAAUAGUGGAUCGGCACAAGAGCAGGAGGAACCAAAACUUUGUUAGGUCAGGAAAGUGGCUAGAGGACGCACCCACUUCAGACCGCGGAGGUAUGGAUGUGUCGUUGAGUUUUUACAAGAUUGCGGUAAUUCUCUGGGAGCGUGUGCGUGUGCGGGUAAUUUUUGGUUGGUGUAUGCAAGACUCAAUCCUUUGGAUCAGAAAAGAGGCAUUGCUUCUUUCACCGUUCCUUGAAUUUCGUUGUAGUUUUUUAUCGCGAAAGGGGAGAAAAGGCAGCGUGGCACUCCCUGUCGCUGGUUCCGUGCGUUCCGCUCGCGUUGACAUGGUGUAGACUACUUGUUGUCGCAUUGCAUUCGGUCUCUCGUUAGUGUAGGUUAGUAGUUUUUCUGUGUUGUCCCUUGCUUGUUUAUCCCGUUCCUUGUUGAAAAAUAGCACAUGCAUGUAUGUAUAUGGGCCUCUUGCUUGCUCGGUAACUGGGAGAAGCUACGGGAUAGCCGGGAGGGGAAGGGAGGGAAGGCGAGGUGCUGUCGAUGAUUUCGUCUCUGUAGUGUGGUAAUACUUUCCCGCCACACCUCCGACCCUGUUAGCAGUGCUGCCAAACUCGUACCUCAGUGACGUUUUGUCUACCCCU